AUGAAUGAUGGUAAUGACUCUGAAGAUGAUGAUGAUGAUGAAAGUGAUGAGGAGGAAAAAGUUAGUAAAAAACAAAAGACCGUUCAAUCAAAUGUGGUCGAUGGAUUUGGUGAAGUCCCUCCACUUGAAACUAAUGAAACCGCCUCAGAAACCAUUAAUUACGAUUUUGAAUCUUUGGAUAUUUCAGAACCUACUAGUAAAGCUAUUAAGGAGAUGGGCUUUACUAAAAUGACUGAGGUUCAAGCAAGAACAAUACCACCGUUAAUGGCUGGUCGAGACGUUCUGGGUGCCGCUAAAACAGGCAGUGGCAAGACUUUGGCAUUUUUAAUUCCGGCUGUUGAGAUGCUUCACAAAUUGAAGUUUAAGCCUAGAAAUGGAACUGGAGUAAUUGUUAUUUCUCCAACAAGAGAAUUGGCUCUUCAAAUUCUUGGAGUUGUAAAAGAAUUGCUUCAAUUUCAUAACCAAACAUUUGGAAUAGUAAUGGGUGGAGCAAAUAGACAAGCAGAAGUUCAAAAAAUAACUAAAGGGGUAAAUUUAUUAAUUGCCACUCCUGGAAGAUUAUUAGAUCAUCUUCAGAACACAAAAGGGUUUGUGUAUAGAAACCUCAAGUCUCUUAUUAUAGAUGAAGCAGAUCGUAUAUUAGAAAUUGGUUUUGAAGAAGAAAUGAACCAAAUUAUUAAAAUUCUUCCGAACGAAAAUCGACAAUCAAUGCUCUUUUCCGCUACACAAACAACUAAAGUUGAAGAUCUCGCACGAGUAUCUUUGAGACGAGGACCAAUAUACAUUAAUGUGGAUGAAAAAAAAGAGACAGCUACAGUGGAAGGGCUUGUUCAAGGAUAUGUUGUUUGUGACAGUGAUAAAAGAUUUUUAUUGUUAUUUACAUUUUUAAAAAGAAAUUUAAAAAAGAAAAUGAUUGUAUUUUUUUCAAGUUGUAAUUCUGUCAAAUAUCAUUCUGAAUUAUUAAAUUAUAUUGAUGUACCGGUAUUAAGUUUACAUGGAAAGCAAAAACAAACAAAACGUACAAAUACCUUUUUUGAAUUUAUUAAUGCACAACAUGGAAUUCUUCUUUGUACAGAUGUAGCAGCAAGAGGAUUAGACAUUCCUGCAGUAGAUUGGAUCAUUCAAUAUGAUCCACCAGAUGAUCCACGUGAUUAUAUUCAUAGAGUUGGUAGAACUGCUAGAGCUGGUGGACAUGGAAAAGGUUUAUUAUUCUUAUUACCAAGUGAAUUAGGAUUUUUACGUUACCUUAAACAUGCAAAGGUACCAUUAAAUGAAUAUCAAUUCCCUCCUAAUAAGAUUGCUAAUGUUCAAACACAGCUUGAAAAACUUGUUGAAAAAAAUUAUUAUCUUCAUGAAUCAGCUCGUGAUGGAUUUAGAUCUUAUUUAACGGCUUAUGCUUCUUAUUCUCUUAAAUCGAUAUUUAAUGUGAAUAAAUUAGAUCUUCAAAAAGUUGGUAAAGCAUUUGGAUUUAAAAUUCCGCCUAAAGUACAUAUUAAUAUAGGUGCAAGUGGUAAAGGUUCAAAAUUUGAAAAACGUGGUAGAAAUAGUAAGGGAUUAAAUAAUGUUGAUCACAUUGCAAGACAGAGAAACAAUACUUUUAAAACGAAUAAAAAUAAACAGUGGAGUAAAUAA